AUGGUGGAGUGGGCAAAAUGGGUGUGGCAUAACGCUCUUCCUAAGAGGAGUUCAGUUGUGAUAUGGAAAGCUUUGUCGGGAAGUCUCAGCUUUGAUGAUAGGAUACGUCAAGUUGGAGUGGCUAUGGCGUCCCGGUGCAAUUGUUGCACUACUGGCCAUGAGGAGGACUCAAACCAUGUUUUAAGUACUGGAGACUUUGCAGAUGAGGUGUGGAGGAGACUUUCAUUGGCACUUGGUGUUAGCUGGCGUACAAGGCAGUCCUGGUGGGAUAGGAUAAAAAUUUGGUGGGCAAGAGCUAAGAGAUCCUCUCAACUAGGAUGCUUACAAGGAUUUAUCCCAUGUUUAGUAACUUGGAGGCUUUGGAUUCGAAGAUAUAAAGCAAGAAUGGAGGGAUUGUAUGAAUCAGUUGAAGAUGUUGUUCUGUCCAUUAGAUUUUGGUUGCGGCACUUAACAACUAAUGUUAAAAAGACCAGAGUAUUAACACGGGAAGAGGAAACGUUUCUAAUAGAUAUGGGCAUUCCUUGUGUGGUCAGGAAAUUAUCACCAAUACAUUUGGUAACUUGGAAGAAACCGAUGGUUGGAAGAGCAAAGCUUAAUGUAGAUGGAAGUAGUUUGGGAAACUCAGGUCAGGCAGGUGGAGGUGGAGUGAUUCGUAAUGAUAAAGGGAUGGUACUGGCAGCGUUUGCCACUAAUUUUGGGAUAGCAUCGAAUAAUGAAGCUGAGCUGAGAGCUCUGCUUGAGGGUCUUAAACUUUGCCAACAUAUAGGAGUUUUCCAUGUUGAUGUUGAAUGUGAUUCCAAGAUUGUUGUAGAAUGGAUGUUGAAACGCAAGUGCACUGUUUGGUAUUUGUGGGAUUUUUGGGAGGAGUUAUUGAAUUUGAUGAAUUUAUUUGAGAUUCAGGUAUCACACCAAUUUCGGGAAGAGAAUCAAGUGGCGAAUUUACUAGCAAAAAUGGAUGCACAUGGAGUAACGCAACGUUCUACGCCUGGUACUGAAUUGCCUAUGUAUGCUCGAGGCCUUACACGGUUGGAUCGCAUUGGAGUUCCCUAUAUACGUAAGUGA